AUGUCGUCCCGCCGGAGAAGAGCAGCUGAGCCUGCGCCAGAGGAAGAGCAGCCCGAGGAGGAGCGCGACAACGACGGCCUGAAGUUCAACGAACCAUUGUCAUGGCGCGCUGGCAGGCCGAUACCGACAACCGAACUGCACAAACGGCUCGACACGCUGGCCAAGGAAUUGGCAGAAUUGGAUCAGGACUGGGAACACAAGGACUCGUUGACCAAGGUCGCAAAAGAGCUGUGCUCCGCCAACAUCCUCGGCCACAAGGACAAGGGCGUCAAGGCGUAUGCUGCAUGCUGCAUGGUGGACAUACUUAAGAUCUGCGCUCCCGACGCCCCGUUUACCCCGUCGCAGCUUAAGGACAUCUUCGCCCUCUUCAUCAACCAGAUUCUGCCUGCUUUACAAGACCCCUCCUCAACUUGGAACAAUCAACACAGAUAUGUCCUCAUCUCUCUCUCCGACGUCCAGAGCAUCCUCCUACUUGAUGAGAUACCGAACAACGAUGAGCUCUUCGUCCGUUUGUUCACAGGCUUCUUCGACACCGUCUCCGGGACCAAAGCCCCGACCGGCGAACUUGUCGGAAAGGAUAUCGAGCACUACAUGACACAAAUAUUGGAGAUGCUGAUUGACGAGGCCACGACCAUCCCUUCCAAGGUCAUUGACAUCAUCAUGGCCCAAUUCCUGCGUGCCGCGGCUCCAGGAGCGGUCAAGGACAAGACCGAACAAGCAAGUCGAGAUGAGAACCAAACGACACUCCUCUUGAAGGAGGAACCUGCGGCCUACAAGAUGGCGAGGUCUGUUUGUGUCGAGAACCCGGAGAAGAUGGCGAGAUUUGUAGGACAGUACUUUAGCGACGUCAUCAUGGAAGCCUCGGGCUUGGCUGGCAGCAACGGCCAUCGAGCUGCAGACUCGGAUGACGAGGACGGCCCGGCUGGGCCAUCAGAAGAAGACCUGAAGGAGCUGCGGAAGGCUCACCUGCUCAUUCGGGAACUUUGGAAAGCUGCGCCGGCAUCCUUGCAGAAUGUUAUCCCACAGCUUGAUGCGGAGCUGUCAGCCGACAACAUCAGCUUGCGCCAACUGGCGACAGAGGCCCUCGGAGAUGUCAUUGCAGGCAUUGGAGCAGCAGGCCCACCGCCUCCACCAGCUCUGGAUCCUGCCGCAUACCCUCUGUACAGAAUGUCGGAUUUCGAAAUGGAUGAUGCCCCUUCAAAUCCCCUGACGACUCCCUUUUCUCCAAUGUCCUUCGCCCAAACAUACCACCAAGCGUAUUUGAAUUUCUUAAGUCGCAAGAACGACAAGUCUCCAAUCAUCCGUGCCUCCUGGACUACGGCUGUGGGGUACAUUUUGUCCACGAAUGCUGGUGGAAUCGGAUUCAACAGGGAAGAUGAAAGAGCCCUCGUCCGCGGAUUAGGGGAGAAACUCAAUGACAGCGAUGAAAAGGUCCGCUUGGCUGGCGUGAAAGCAAUCGAGUCCUUCAGCUUCCGCGACCUCAUCCUCAAACUGGCAUCAGACGGCGGCCUGGAGAAAGAGAACUCGAUCCUAUCCAGCCUCGCCGAUCGAUGCCGCGACAGAAGGCCGCAGGUCCGCGUUGAUGCUAUGGCGCUGCUGGGAAAGCUCUGGGCCAUAUCAACAGGCGAGAUUCUUGCCGCUAACCAGGUUGUCGUAGGCGCUUUGUCUGCUGCCCCUUCAAAGAUUUACAGCUCCUUCUACGCAAAUGAUCUGGAAGUAAAUGUACUUCUCGACAGGGUUGUCUUCGAGUGCCUAGUUCCCUUGUCGUUCCCGCCUCCUAAGAAGGGCUCGAAAAGCGCGAAUGGGAACUCACAGUCGCAAUCACAGCAAGGAGCAGCCAGCUACGAUCAAGACGCUGCUUUCUUCGCCAUUCAAGCUCGCCAGCCACAAUUUGCCACGAUUCUCCAGACUUUCCUCAAGGCAUGUGACGCCUACAAUGGUGGUGUCAUGGAGCAGGAUGAGGAACGCAAGACGAAGAAUCUGAAGAAUACGAUCGAUUACAUCAUACGAUUUUUACCAGAUGAUGCAAAGGUCAAGUCUGAGCUGCUCAAAUUCGCAAAGGCCAACAAUUCGCGGAAUUACCAGCUUGUCAAAUUCAUCACCGGUCCGGAGCAUGAUUUCAAGACGGCAAGAAACGCAUUAAAGGAGCUGGUUAAGCGUCUGCAGGGCGCGCAACUAUCUGGCGUUGCUGACGUUCUGAUUCCUUUGCUUUACAGGUCAGGUUACUUCAUGUUCAACCGCAGCCAUUUGUCUACCAUCUUGGAUUAUUCCAGAACCGACCAGGAUGGCUUUGGAGCCACCGCGCAUGAGAUUCUGAAUGAGAUAUCCCAGCGAACACCAGACCUUUUCAAAUCACACAUUGGAGAUCUCUGUAAAGACCUUGCAGAGAAGGCGCCUACGGCAACCCAGCCAAAUGAACCCUCGGUUGUCGAAACCCUCAAGGCCUGUGCUUCAUACGCGCGGAAAUAUCCCGCGGAGAUCCCAAAGGACAAGAACUUUGUCCAGAUGAUGGUCAAUUUUGCGCUCUACGGUACGCCAUGGAAGGCAGCCAAGUACGCGGUCAAUAUUCUCCUAGCAAAAAAGGACGAGACUGGUCUGCUGAAUGCAACCAGACUGUUCAAAGAAGUUAUGAAGCAGUGGAAGUAUGGAGCUCCUCAUUUCCUCAACAAGCUGGCAAUAGUCUCUCAGUUGGAGAUCUUGACGCCCAAGGUCACACUCGAUAAGGAUCAGGUCAUCCUCGAAAUGAUCCAAGACAUUCUCAAGCAGGUACGCACCGAUGCUAAGGACAGCGAUCCGGACUGGGUCAGUGAUGCGGACAUGGACGAGGAGUGCAUUGCGAAAUGUCUGGCUUUGAAGAUUCUGGUCAACCGCCUGCGUGCUGAGGAGCAGGAUCGCGGAGACGGCGAAGGAAGUCUGAAGGAGAGGGCGAAGCCUGUGUUUAAGAUGCUCAAGACUCUUAUCACGAAGAAUGGCGAGAUGUCCAAGAAUAAGGAAACACCAAACCAUCACAAAGCGCGAUUACGACUCCUCGCGGGUCAGUUGGUUCUCAAGCUCUGCAAGGAGAAGCAGCUUGAUGACCAUCUUCCACCAGAGGAUUUCAAUGCGCUUGCGUUAGUUGCGCAAGAUGCCCAUCCGCAGACUCGGAGAUCGUUCAUCGAGAAGCUUCAGAAAUACUUGGUUCAGGGUAAGCUUCGAACAAGGUUCUACACCAUCAUUUUUAUCACAGCAUAUGAGCCGGUCACAGAGUUCAAGACCAGAGUGGAGACGUGGAUCCGAUCAAGAGUCCAUCAUUAUGAGACAACAGGUACACCAGUCAUGGAAGCCAUCAUGCCCAGACUGUUGUCUCUGCUGGCCCAUCAUCCAGAUUUGGGUCCUGCAGAAGAUGAUCUAGUCGACCACUCCCGCUACAUUGUGUACUACGUCAGUACCGUGGCGAAUGAAUCCAACCUGGGUCUGCUAGCUCGCUACGCAGAACGUGUCAAGCAAACAAAGGAUGCCAUUGAGCCUGAAAAGAGCGAGAAUCUCUACAUGGUGUGUGACCUGGCGCUGGCUGUUGUCAGAAAAUGGCAAGAGAAACGGGGCUGGACUUUCGAGGCCUACAGCAAGAAGACUGGAUUACCGACGGGCUUAUUCCUUGCCCUUCCGAACCACGAGGCUGCGCAGAAACUCUCCGAGCAGCAGUUCAUUCCGGAUGGCAUCGAGCAGAGACUGGACAAAGUCCUGCAGUCGAUGGACCGCAAAAAGAAGCGCAAAUCCAUGGACGAUGGUGGGCAACCACCUGCCAAGAAGGCUAGAUCUACCUCUAAGCCCGCUCAACCAAGAGCCAUCAAAUCGAAGAAGCAGACAACCAUCAAGAAGACGCCAAAGGCAAGGACGUCGACCAAGCCCAAAAAGCUCCGCGCAACAUCACCAGAAAUUCCCGAGUCGGAACGCCGUCGUAGUGGCCGCGCCGUUCCCAGGAGGAGCUCCAACUACGUGGAGCGAGAUGAUGACGAGGAUGACGAGGAGAUGCUGGAAGGUGUCGCCGAGUGGGACUAUGGAUCAGGCGAGGAAGGAGAGGAGGGAAGUGACGAUGAGGAGGCUGAGGAAGUUGAGGAAGAAGAGGAGGUUGAGGUUGAAGCCGAGCCGAUGGACGAGGAUGAGCAGGCGCAAGAACCUGCGGCCAAUGAGAAUGACGGCAGCGAACUGUCCGAACCUUCCGAGGAAGCAGAAGCAGAAGAGGAGGUUGAGGUGGAGCAGGAAGAGAACGAGGAAGAAGAGACUCCUGCAACGAACGGACGACGCAGUGGCAGAAAUUCCGCCCCAAAGGCAAAGCCGGAACCUUCCAAGAAGCCGGCGCCGAAAGGCAAGGCCGCAGCUGCUCUUCCUACACGAGGCAGGGCAGCCGCCGCGACAGCCAAGGCUCCGACGAGAGCUAGUGGCCGCUCCAGGAGGGCUAAAGACGUGUUUGAUUCUGAGUGA